CGAGCUUGCUAAUCACCGCUGGUUCUAAGUCACAACUACUAGCCUCAAUGGGUCUGCAAACGUCUGUAAUGGACCUUCAAACCCGGCAUUUUCUGGGAUUAGUGCCUAUAAGUCCUAUUUAAAUUAAUGCUUGAUUCCCAUACUACAGUUCUGCAAUGUGCCUCGUAUAGCCUUCCCUUUACAAAUCACAUUCUAACCUUCUGGAAUUUAGCUCAAGGCUGUAGACGAAGCCUGAUGCGUACCACGCUGCAUUUCAUACAAUCACGGCUUUUGAGCCAUUUGAAGAGUAAUUAUGCCCAUUUCCUACAUUCAUACCGUGUAUGUGCCGUGUUUUCCGUUUCUAGACUCAAAAGGUAUGAGUCUCCGCACGUAUACUAUAAUUCGUAAAGUAUGGCAUCUUGACUUUCUAUAAUCGGUAUACAUGACAAU